CCCAUUUCUCACCAACAAAACCGUCCACUGCUCAAGGCCUGCUCCUUCGACAACCUUCCUCGUUAACCCUUCACAGAGCUCUGACUCACAUAAGACCUGUGACACACAGAGAGAGAAAGAGAUGGAAAGGCAAGGAAAGAGACGUCGCCGGGUGGUGCUAGUCCCAUGGCCGUUCCAAGGCCACAUAAACCCAAUCCUUCAGUUGGGCAGCAUCCUCCACUCCAAUGGCUUCUCCGUCACAGUUGUUCACACCCAAUACAACCCCCCCGACCCUUCAAGCCACCCCGAUUUCAGCUUUCUUUCCUUGCCAGAUACCUCAUCUGACUACAACGUCUUAACUGGCGACGCAUUAGAUUUUGUAUUGCAGCUUAAUGCCAAAUGCAAAGCUCGUUCCCGAGAAUGUUUGGCUGAAGUGAUGAGGCAACAGGGCUCCGACAAUGGAAUCGCCUGCAUUAUCUACGAUGAGUACAUGUUCUUGUCUGAAGAAACGGCAAAGGAUCUCAAUCUUCCAAGCAUCAUCUUACGCACAUCUACUGCUUCCAAUUUUCUUGCUCGUACUGCCCUUAUCCAACUCAAGACAGAAGGCCACAUUCCCUUCCCAGAAUCUAGGUCACAGGAUCCAGUUCCAAAGCUUUAUCCACUCAGGUUCAAGGAUCUACCUUUCUCCAUUUUUGCAAAUUUAGAGAACUUUUUGCAAAUAGUGAGUAAAACUUCUAACAGCAAAACAUCUUCAGCCAUCAUUCAUAAUACAAUUAACUGCCUUGAAAAUUCAUCAUUGGCAAAGAUUCAACAGCAAUGUCAAAUUCCUAUCUUCCCAAUAGGCCCUAUGCAUAAGAUUGCCUCGGCCUCCUCUAGCAGCUUAUCGGAAGAGGACAGUAGCUGCUUGGCUUGGCUUCAUAAGCAAAGUUGUAACUCAGUUAUUUAUGUAAGCUUGGGAACCAUAGCAUUCAUGGAUGUCAAAGAGCUUGUUGAGAUGGCUUGGGGCCUAACGAACAGCCGGCAACCUUUCUUGUGGGUGGUUCGACCGGGCUCAGUUCACGGUGCGGAAUGGAUUGAGGUAUUGCCCAAAAGUUUGAAAGAAAACAUUGAAGAGAGGGGUUAUAUUGUGAAAUGGGCACCCCAAAAGAAAGUUCUGGCACACAAUGCAGUGGGAGGAUUUUUGAGCCAUUGUGGAUGGAAUUCAACGCUGGAGAGUAUUUGCGAAGGAGUUCCAAUGAUAUGCAGACCGUGUUUCGAGGACCAGAGAGUAAAUGCAAGGUAUGUGAGCCACGUAUGGAAUGUAGGCCUAGAAUUAGAGAGUGAGUUGGAGAGAGGUGAGAUAGAGAGAACUAUAAGAAGACUUAUGGUGGAUGAAGAAGGGAAAGAGAUGCGGAAGAGGGGGAAGAAUUUGAAGGAGAGAAUUGAAUUUUGCAUUAAAGAAGGUGGUUCCUCUAAUAACUCCUUGAACAAGCUGAUAGAGAUGAUCAUGUCAUUUUAAUACCAUUGAUGGUUUGAACAAAACUAGACUUCGUGAAAGCCCACAAUUAUUCUCGAAUUUGCGAGAGAGUUUGUUAUUAUUAUCCGGUUAGAGUGGCAAUUUUUAUUAUUAUUAUUAUUGUCUUUAUUCUUUUCUAGGUAAGAAUGGUUGAUGGAUGGUAAUUAAUUUUUCAUAAUUAUGUUACGACAAAUUAAAAUAGGUUUCAAGAUGAGAACAUAGGACUAGGAUUGGCAAUUCAAACCCUUAAUGAGAUGAGGUUCGCUUAACAGUGCGUAUUCGAAGAGCUCGAGACCUAACAAUUUCAAUGCCCUGCAACACAAUCAAUCCGCCCCAAUCAAAAAGGAAUUAUUGCAUUUCAAGGAGACUAAAAGCCCAAGUGUCGCACCCACAUAAAUUCAAGUCAAGAUUAAAACAAAUAAAUGGAUGUGGUAGUGACAGUUUUAAAGUCGACAUACGUUGACUAUGUUUUCCCAGAGGACUAUGAAUGAAGCCAAUUAUUCCCAUUACUAGCAACAUAAUCUUUCCUGAUGGAGAGAGAUAUGGAGAAGCAAUGGCAGAGACACCAGAGACUGGUGCUGGUUCCGUGUCCAUUCCAAGGCCAUAUAAAUAUGAUGCUUCAAUUGGGGUCUAUUCUUCAUUCAAGGGGCUUCUCCAUCACAAUCGCUCACACCCAACUCAACUUUCCCAGCACAUCAAUUCACCCCGAUUUCAAUUUCCUACCCGUAGCAGACGGCUUCUCUGAUCAUUCAUAGAUGUGAUAUUAUUGGGUUUCUACAGCAACUGCAAGCUUCACUUCAGGAGUCACUGGCAUGGCCCUAAUGAUGGAAACAGAGGAGCAUCAUGAUGAGAUUGCCUGCAUCAUAUAUGAUGAAUACUUGUAUUUUGCAGAAGCAGUGGCAAUGCUACCAAUGCUUUGACUUACACCGCAAUUCCUCAACUCCUAAAAGAUGGUUGCAUUUCUAUGCAAGCAACUGCAAGCUUCACUUCAGGAGUCACUGGCAUGGCCCUAAUGAUGGAAACAGAGGAGCAUCAUGAUGAGAUUGCCUGCAUCAUAUAUGAUGAAUACUUGUAUUUUGCAGAAGCAGUGGCAAUGCUACCAAUUCUCUGACUUACACCGCAAUUCCUCAACUCCUAAAAGAUGGUUGCAUUUCUAUGCAAGCAACUGCAAUCUUCACUUCAGGAGUCACUGGCAUGGCCCUAAUGAUGGAAACAGAGGAGCAUCAUGAUGAAAUUGCCUGCAUCAUAUAUGAUGAAUACUUGUAUUUUGCAGAAGCAGUGGCAAUGCUACCAAUUCUCUGACUUACACCGCAAUUCCUCAACUCCUAAAACAUGGUUGCAUUUCUAUGCAAGAUUAUAUUGCUGGAACUAGCACCGGGGCUUCAACCUCUCAGAUUCAAGGAUCUACCAAUUUCAAAAAUAUAGAGUACUUACUGCAGCUAACAAUAGCUAAAGCAUGUGAGACAAGAACGUCUUCAGCCAUCAUUUGGAACACCAUGGACUGCCUUGAACGAAGAUUACUGGUACGGCUCCACCAGCAACGCCAAGUUCCAUUUUUUGCAAUUAGCCCUUUCCAAAAAAUAGCUCCAUCAGUACCCAGCAGCUUACUGGAAGAGGACACUAGCUGCAUCACACGGCUUGAUAAGCAAACGUACACAUGACUCUGUCAUCUAUGUAAGUUUAGGGAGCAUA